AUGGAAGAUGUUAAUGAAAUCUUAUUAGAAGAAACUAUUCCUAUUCUUUGUGGUGUACCAUAUGAUCCAAGUAUUCCAAUUAACUCUUCUGUAUAUCAAAUAGUACCAAAUAUUGAAGAAAAAAUAAGAAAUUAUAUAAACCCAAAAAGCUUAUAUCAAACAUUACAAUUAUUAAUAACAGAAAAUCCAUUAAAUAUAUCAAAAUUAUCUAAAUCAUUUUCUUCUGAACUUGUUAAAAAAAUUAAAACAAGUAAUGAAAAUGAAUUAUCUGUUAUUUUAGGUUUAUUAGAACAAUUACUUAAAAUUAGAUUAACUACUAAAGAUUUCACUGAUUUAUUUCAUUUAUAUAUUACAUCUAAUAAUUGUAAUGUUGAAAUUCUUUCAUUACUUAAUUCUUUGGCUCGAUUUGGUGGUCCUGAAAGAUAUUAUGCAUUUCCUGGAUUUCUUACUUGUUUAUAUAAAACUAUAACUAUUGGAACUACUGAUAAUUGGGGAAUUUCUUUAACAUUUAGAUCAAGAGGAAAUGGUGUUAUAUUAUCAAUUCAAUCUCCUUCUAUUGGAAUUACCAUUACUAUAAAAGAAGGAUUUCUUUAUAUUGAAUGUGGACUUAAUACACCAUCGUUAAUAACAACUCCAAAUAAAAAUGAUUUACAAUUAAAUAAUAGACGUGUUGUUAAUGGAAAAUGGUAUAAUUUAAUAAUAAUGCAUUCUAAAAGAGAACAACGUCUUGUUGUUGAAAUCGAAAAAGAAAAUUUUACAUUUUCUUUAAAUUAUCCAAAAAAUGAAGAAGCAAUUAUAUCUAUUGGUGGAAUAUCAAGUAAUUCUAAAAGUUAUUUUACUGGUGAUAUAACUGAUGUAAUAAUACUUCCAGAAGAAACAAUUAUUCGAUAUGAUCAAAAAGAAUUAACUAAAGAUAUGUUACUUUUUGAAUGUUAUAAAAUAUCAAAUUUUACACCAAUUGUUACAAUUAUACGUGAAACACCAGGUGCUAUUAUUAAUAGGAUUGGUGGUAUUAGUAAAUUAUUUAUUUUAUUAAAUCAAAAAUAUAAUACAAGAGCAUUAGAAGAUUGUGAAAAAAUACUUGAUCUUUAUUUUAGAUUGUUGUCUACUUUUAAAAUGUUGAGACAAGAGUCUAUUGAAAAUAAUGAAAUAUCUACUAUAUUUCAAACAUUAAUUAAUUUAGCAGAAAUAACAAAAGAACAUACUUUUAAUGAAACAAAAAAAUUACAAACUCCAAUUGUUAAAGAAUUUAUUUCUUUUGCAUUAAGACUUAUUAAUUCUCAUUCUUUUCUUUCUAUUAGAAAUAUUAUACUUAGACAUAUUUUUGAUAUUAGAUGGUGGCCAAAUGAUUCACUUAGAGUAGAAUAUAUUAAAGAAUUACAAGAGUCGAUGAGCCAUACUGUUUUAGGAACAUUACCAUUCAAAUUAUUUGAAAAAUUAUCAUAUAGGAGUUUAAUGUUAUGGAUUUUAUAUGAUGAUAUUCCAGAAUUUGAAAAAGAAACUAUUCCAAGAGCUCAUCUUCAAUGGAGAUGUGGAUAUAUUCAAUAUAUUACUUCAAUUAUAAUUAAAGACGUUUAUGUUGUUCAAUAUUUUAUGACUGAUUCAUUACAUCUUCUUGACACUGCAAUUCAAACAAACGAUUUUAAUACAGAAGCUUUAUUAAUUUAUAUGUAUGUUUGUAUGGUAUUAACUUCUCAAGGAGAAUUAAAGUCUUUUAUAUCAACUAUGUUAAAAAAGAAUAAAACUGCAUUACUUUAUCUUUAUAUUCAACAAAAUCCAUCAUUUUUAAAAGGUAAUAUUGAAAGGCUUUUGGCAUUAAUUAAUAUAGAAGUUAAAUAUAAUGUUAUUGUAGAUGCAAUGAACUCAACACGUUUAACACCAUUAUUAUAUCAAAUAGCUAUUGAAUGUUCAUUUAAUAAUAUUAGAAAUACAUAUAUUGAUACUACCACAACUGGGUAUUUAUCUUCUAAAGGAUUUCUUCUUAAUAUGAAUCAAAUGAAAUUAAAACAAGAUUUUCUUACACCAUUUCUUAAAUCAAUAAGUAUUGCAAUAUCAAAUAAUUUAUCAAAUAACAUGGUUGUAUUAGAUAUUAUAUUAAAUGAUCUUGUUCAAUGUUUAGAAAAUCAUAUUAUUUGGAAAUAUUUAUUAAAAAGUAAAUAUUGGAUAACCAUAUUUAUUGAUAUAGCUGUAUCAUUGGUAUCUUCAAAAGAAUACAACAUUUUACAAAGAUUACAAAAUAUCUUUGCAAGAAUAAUUGGAAUUGCAUUUCAACAACAAAAUGUAUCAUUAGAAAAUAUUAUUUGUUAUUUAUUAUCAAAAUUACAAAACAAAGAAAAGUUUUAUAUUAUAUUUAGAAGUCUUUUAAAAUGUUUAGUUAAAAAUGUUCUUUGUCAAUUAAAUAAUGAUUCAAGAGAUAAAAUGGUUAUUCAAAUGAUAUUACUAUUUAGUGAUUUCUUUUGUAGAACAUGUAGUUAUGGUUGUGAUACUGCAUUACCUCAUUUCGAAGAAGAUUAUGAGUUAAUAACAAAAUGCUUAGAAUAUCAUCAUCCACAACCAAAAUUAUGUAAUUCUAAAGUAGCAUCAAUGCAACAUGUUUUUAUUGUUCAUUUAAUAUUGUGUCAACUUCAUUCAAUUGCUUUAAAGAAUAAUAAUAUUCCUUUGUUAAGAAAAACAUUACAAUUAAUUCCUCCAUAUCUUGUUCAAAGACCACAAAUUGAAGGAUAUGAUAGUUGGGUUAUUUUCCAUCUUUAUGAUAUUGUUAAACAAUGUAAUGAUCCAAGUGUAAGAAGGGAUAUAUCAAAUAUGAUGUAUUUAUUAAACCUUAAACAACAACCUCAGAUGGAAUUGGAUUUUAAAGGAAUUCAAUUAUUUGGAAAGGAAUUAGUUUCUUUCUAUAAAACUCAUGAAAAUGGAUUAAAAGUUCAAGCUGAUGUAUUGAAAGUUGAAGAAAAUAAACCAAGAAAUAAUCCUUCAUUUGUUUUUAAAGAAGUUCAAUAUCCUAAUCUUGACGUUGCACCCAUGGAUUAUAAUAGAUUAGUUAUGAGUGAUACUGAUAUUAGACUUAGGUUAUUCACUUCUAGUAGAAGAAAUUGGUCAAAUGCUUUUAAAUCAAAUAUCCUCAUUGAUAUUGUAAAUUCUAAUACUUUCAAAUUUGAAGAAAUUGGAUUUUCUGAGGUAAGACCAAUUAUUGUAUUGAAACCAGUUUCUAUAGAUGAAAAUAAUAUUAGUAUUAUCACUCCAUCAAGUCUUGAAAAUGAAUAUAGAGAAGUCCUUGAAAAAAAGAAAGGUUUAAUUCAUUUCAAAUCACUUACUAGUGAUGAUGGCAUGGAUGGUGUUCUUAUUUAUUUAAGUAAGAAAGAAAUUGCUAGAAUUUAUAUUAAUGCUGAUAACCUUCAAUUAAUUAUCAAAACACCAUCAAAAAUUGAUGAAUUUGGAUUAAAUAUUAUUACAAUGGUCAUUUUGAGAAGAGAAGAAUAUAUUGAAUUAUAUAUAAAGUAUCACCGUCCAUUAUUGAUUCAUAUGAAAGAUUCAUUAAAAUUCUUAAAUAACUUAUCUCACAUUACUUUAAACCAUCAAAUACAAACGGUUAUUUAUAUUGAUCCAAUUAAAGCAUUUAACCAAUCAACUAUCAUUAAGGAUUGGACUAAUGGAAGAAUGAGUAACUAUAUGUUUAUAAAUCAACUUAAUUUUUUUGCAGGAUAUUCAUACAAUGAUAUUAAUAAUCAUCCAUUCUUUCCUUGGAUCGACACGUCAAUGAGUUGGGAAACAUUAAUUUGUCAUAUUAUUGAUCGUUCAAAGCAAAAUUUGUUAAGAAAUGAAUUUAGUUUGAUUCCAAGUCCUAAUCCAGAAGUAAGGACAUCAGUUAAACUUGAACCAGUAGAUGUUUGUUGUUUGUUAUAUUCUAUUGUUCCAUUCACAUUAUUGUUACCAUUUUAUCAAGCUCAAACUUUGCAUGGAAAAGCUAUUCGUUCAAUAGACCAACUGGCUAAUAGUGCUUUAGUACCAGAAAUUUAUUCAUAUCCUUUAUUAAUGUCAUUAGAAAGGUUAUAUAUAUUAAGAAUGACUCUUGAAAUGGCAGUUUUAUCUAAGGAAUUACAUAAAUGGUUAUUAAAAGCCUUUUCAAUAUUAAAUGGAUUACCAAAGAAGAAAUAUGAAUAUGAUUUUAGUGGAAUUUUUUUAAACCAAGAAGGAAUUAAAAUAAAUGUUCUUCCAACAAAUAAUGGAACUGCUCUUACUGUUGGAGAAGAAGGGUUUUCAGUUAAAAGUAAUAAUUCUGGAUUUAAUGAAAUUAGUGUUUUUAUGAGAAGUUGUAAAAUGAAGAAAGUAGAAGGGUUAAAUAAUAUUGAUGUUAUUUAUGAUGGUAAUGAAAUGAUUAUUAUUGAAUCACUAAAUGGAAAAACUCUGAUUAAACAAAAAGGAAGUGUUGUAGAUGUAAAUGGAAAGAUUCUUAGUAUUAUUGACUCUAAAAAAGGUACAAUAGAAUAUGUUUUAAAGAAUUCUAUUGGAGUAGAAUGGAAAUAUUACAAUAACAAUCAUCAAAAUACUAUAUUAAAAAUCGAAGAAAUUCAACCAAUACAAAAUGCCUUUAUUUCAUCAAAGAAAUGUAUUGUCCUAUUUACAGAAAACUCUUUUUAUUGUAAAUCUAUUUGUGGAACAACCAUUUAUACAAAAUUAUUUAUUCCUCAUUUAUUCUCUCUUUCAGCAAAUGGAUUUUCUUAUUAUGUUUAUCAAAAUACACUCCAUGUAGAAACCCUUAAUGGUAUUCACAAAGAAAUUCAAUUAAAUUUGGAUUAUAUUUCAAUGACAACAUUAACAUGCUUAUUUUUAGAUUUCAUUAUUCUCACUCAACCAAACCAAAUUACUACAUAUGUUUUCCUUGGAGAUAGAUUUGUUUUAUUGGAUUCUAUUCCAUUUGUUGAUGGAUGGACUAUUAUAAGUGUUCAAUCAAAUUGUUUAAUUAAUGAUGAUCCAACAAAUUGGACCUUUGUUGUAAAUUGUGAGAAAGAUAAUGCUAAUUCUUUUGUAGUUUAUUCUUUGAAUUAUAUUACUUUAAAAUCUAAUUAA